GGUAUUUAUAGUGAUAGAAUGGGAUCUCGUUCACGGCAGCAGUGGGGCAGGCGCUGGGCUGCCCUGCACAGCCCUCGCCUCCCCGCUGCGCUCUGCCCUGCGCUCAGCCUGCCCAGAUACAGCUGUGCCUCCUGACUGCCCGCUCCUGAGAUGGAACAGGACAAUAGGAACCCCCAGCCUGGGGACCUGAUCGAGAUCGACCGGCCUUUUCAUCAGCACUGGGCCCUCUACAUGGGCGAUGGAUAUGUCAUCCACUUGACACCUGAAGAUAAAUGGGAGGUUGAACAGGAAGGUCUCAGGGUGCAAGAAUUCAUCAGAGCAGUGAAGAAGGAGCUCCUGGUGAACGUGGCUGGAAAGAAUCAAUGGCAGGUCAACAACAAAUCUGAUAAGCAGCACAAUCCUCUCCCAGUGGAAAAGAUCAUCUCACAUGCUAAAGCUUAUAUCGGCAAGGAGGUGACAUACCGUUCGUUUGGCAGCAACUGUGAGCGCUUUGUGAAAAAACUUCGCUAUGGAGAGGCAUUCUCUGAGCAGGAUCCGUGUUGUUGCCUUGACUUUGUGAAUGGGAUUGCUGGAGUGAAAUCCAGAGAGAAGACCAAUGAUGGGCCAUCAGGAAAGAAGGCUUUUUUAGAUGCUGAAAUGCACUGUCAUGGUAUAACUAAUGAGAGGGGCUCCCCAAAGCCUGGGGACCUGAUUGAGAUCAAGCGUCCACUUUACCAGCACUGGGCCAUCUAUGUGGGAGGUGGAUAUGUCAUCCAUGUGACACCUGUAGGUGAAAAAUUACCACCCACAUUAGCCAGUAGUGUUUCAUUAGUCAAAAGAAGGGCGAAGGUGAAGAAGCAGCUCCUGCGAGAUAUGAUUGGAAAUUAUAAAUGGCGUGUCAACAACAAAUAUGACCUGUACCGCAAGCCUUUCCCUGUGGAGGAGAUCAUCCGGCGUGCUGAGCGCGAGAUUGGCAAGGUGGUGCUGUAUCGUUUGUUGUACAGGAACUGUGAGCACUUUGUGACCAAGGUCCGCUAUGGAGAGGCAGUCGCUGAGCAGGUCAUGACAAAACUUGAUUAUAUCCAUAACUUUUCUGCCGCAGCGACUGUGACAGGACUGAUAGGACUUAGUUUUGUUCCCAGUGGUGCUCUUAUAGCUUCUGUUUGUACUCUUGCCUGUGUUUGUUUCGCUUGCAACCGUAUUGCUCAUUUUCACAUUUGUGCCGAAUUCAGAAAGCCAGGAAGAGAUAUACUAGAAAAGAGCUGCUGUUAGGAAGAGCUCAAGGGAUACAUGGAUUCCAUGAUCCCUGUCCAGCUUUUGCUACAAGUGUAAUCAAGAUUUGCUAGCAACUGCAGUGAUAAUUAAAAUUCUUACUGAAAUGUUAAAAUUGAAACACAUCUUGCCUAAAAUCCACUUUUAUCUAUUUGAGUAUUGCUUUGUAUGCAGAUUCAACUGCUCAGACUUGCUUCUUUCUGUAAUCCAAUUAGAUUUAAUAAGACAAGAAUGUCACCAUUCUAGAUGACACCAGCAGAACUAGCCUAGUUUUCACACCUGCUUUGAUUUCACUGUCUGAGAUAAUUUUUGUGGUAGUCCCCAAGUACUUGCAACCAAAUUUUCUAUUCCAUAUGACUGUUUGUGAUAUAUGUAUGCGUGAAUAAUACAUAAUAAAGUUUGAGUCUGGAA